UUUGGAACCUUCCUUUUCACUGUGAGCGUUAAAGCAUAAUGGAAGCUGUACAAACUUUUGGUCGCAAGAAAACCGCCACUGCUGUUGCCCACUGCAAGCGUGGACGUGGUCUUAUCCGUGUCAACGGUUCUCCUCUUGAACUCCUCGAACCCGAAAUUUUGAAGUUCAAGGUUUACGAAGUUGUCCUUCUCCUUGGUGAAGAACGUUUCGCUAACGUUGAUAUUCGUCUCCGUGUCCAAGGUGGUGGUCACACCUCUCAAAUCUAUGCUAUCCGUCAAGCUCUUGCCAAGGCUAUUGUUGCCUUCUACCAAAAGUACGUUGAUGAAGCCGCCAAGAAGGAAAUCAAGGAAAUCCUCGUUCAAUAUGAUCGUACUCUUCUUGUUGCUGAUCCUCGUCGUUGUGAACCCAAGAAGUUCGGUGGUCCAGGUGCUCGUGCCCGUUUCCAAAAGUCUUACCGUUAGAAAAUUAUCUUAUUUUUAUUCUUUGGUUACUUCUUUAUGUACUCCAUUCUCCUUUUUAUUAAUAAAAAGAAUUUGUUUCUG